CGAGGGUGGAAGGGACUGAGCAGUGCCUUAGACAUAAACCCCAUGCCCACAGCCCAUUGGAUUCUGGGAAGUGCUCCUGCCUGAGAGGAAACUCAGUUCAGAAGGAGGAAGGACAGCAGAGGCCAGGUGCCUUGUUGGAGUUGAAGGUCUCCUCAGAGCAAGAACAUGACAGUGAGAAGACAGAUGGAGGCAUCCUCUGUGUGUCCCUUCAAGGGGUGUACCCCCUGCCAAGGGUUCCUCCUCACAGCCUCCCUUUUAACCUGCUUGCUCCUGACCACUGCCCAAGUCACCAUUGAAUCAGUGCCAUCCCAAGUAGUUGAAGGAGACAACAUCCUUCUUCUUGUCCACAAUCUGCCAGAGAAUAUUAUAGUCUUAGCCUGGUUCAGAAGGCUAACGAAUAUGAACCGUGCAAUUGGCCUAUAUGCACUGAACAUUAAAGUAAGCAUGAUGGGGCCAGUGCACAGUGGUAGAGAGACAGUAUACAGCAAUGGUUCCCUGUGGAUCUGCAAUGUCACCCAGAAGGACACAGGAUUCUACAUCCUACAAACCUUAAAUAGACAUGGAGAAAUGGUAUCAAGAACAUCCAUAUAUCUCUACGUGUACAGCUCACUUUUGACUGGCAGACACACUCCUACCUUUUCCCAGCUUAGUAUUGAAUCAGUGCCACCGAAUGUUGCUGAAGGGGCAAGCGUUCUUCUACAGGUUCACAACCUCCCAGAGAAUCUUCGAGUGCUUUUCUGGUACAAAGGGGUGGUUGUGUCCAACAAUCUUGAGAUAGCCCAACACAUAAAAGCCAAGAAUUCAAGUGUGCCAGGCCCUGCUCACAGUGGUAGAGAGACUGUGUACAGCAAUGGAUCCCUCCUGCUUCAGAAUGUUACCCGGAAUGACACUGGAUUCUACACCCUACGAACUCUGAGUAGAUACCGGAAAAUAGAAUUGGCACACGUGCAACUUCAGGUGGACACCUCCCUUUCCUCGUGCUGUGACCUUGUCACCUCUGCCCAACUCACGAUAGAUCCAUUGCCACGGCAUGCUGCUGAAGGGGAAAGUGUUCUUCUCCAAGUUCACAAUUUGCCAGAAGAUCUACAGUUUUUUUCCUGGUACAAAAGAGUGUCUAGCAUCCAGGUCUUAAAAAUUGCAGACUACAUCAGAGCCACAAAUUCCAUCAUCAAGGGCCCUGCACAAAGCAGAAGAGAGACAGUGUACACCAAUGGAUCCCUGCUGCUCCAGCAUCUCACUGAGAAAGACACAGGCUUGUACACAUUACAAACGAUAGACAGAAAUUUCAACAUUGAAACAGCACCUGUGCAAGUCACUGUGCACAAGCCUGUGACACAGCCCUUCAUGAGAGUCACCAACAGAACUGUCAGAGUACAGAGCUCAGUGGUCUUCACUUGCUUCUCAGACAACACUGGGAUCUGCAUGCAUUGGUUCUUCAAUAAUAAGAGUGUCCAGCUCACACAGAGGAUCACACUGUCCCCAUCAAAAUGCCAUCUCAGCAUAGAUUCUGUCAGUUGGGAGGAUGCUGGACAGUAUCAAUGUGAGGUCUCCAAUCCAGUCAGCUCGAAGACCAGUCUCCCAGUCAGCCUGGCAGUGAUGAAUGAGUGACCCCUCCUCUCAUGCUACAGCAGAGCAGUGGCAUUCUUUUGUCAAAUGGAGAAAAGUUACAUGGUAAAAAUUGUCAGUAAGCACUCA